AUAUUGAACAGGACGUUAAAAACACAGUGACUGAAGAACAGUUUGAUGUCUUUAAGAAGGAUUUCAACCUGCGUCUACAGAUGAUUGAUACAAAUUUACAGAACUUUACUCUAUCAAUUAACAAAACAGUGGAAAAUUUAAUUACAGAACAAAGAAAUGCAUCCACAGAUCCUUCUAGAGUUGAAAUCUAUUAUGAUUGUGAGAAAAUUCUGGAAAAAAAUCCUAACCUUCUUGGGACUGAUGGUGUAUACAUUAUAGUUCCUGACAACAGAACUUCAGUAAAUGUAAAUGAAGUCCGAGUCUACUGUGACAUGACCACAGACGGAGGAGGAUGGACGGUAAUACAAAGACGAUUUGACGGGAAAACAGAUUUUCAUCGCGAAUGGAAUGAUUAUAAGAAAGGAUUCGGAGACCCUGGCAGAGAAUAUUGGCUAGGAAAUGAUCAUAUCCAUACCUUGACCAGCGGAAGAAACCAGGAACUGCGUAUUGACAUGGGGAAAUUCACUGGAUCCAUGGUGUAUGCUCGGUACUCACAUUUCUCUGUUGGGAGUGAAUCAUCUAAAUAUAGACUGUCCAUCAGUGGCUACAGCGGAGAUGCAGGAGACAAGAUGAUAAAAGCUCAUAACCUGAAUGGUACGUCCUUCUCAACAAAGGAUAGAGACAAUGAACAGUUGAGUGGAAAUUGUGCAAUUAUCAAUCACACUGGUGGAUGGUGGUACAAUGACUGUGCAUACUCAGAUCUCAAUGGCGUUUAUCAACCGUCAAAUAAGAAAAAUAUAGCGGGCCUAUUCUGGGGAGAGGGUGGUGAAAACAUGAAGACUACUGAAAUGAUGAUCAGAUCCAAGAAAUGAGAGAAAUAUGUUUUCUAUGAAAUAAAUCCACAUUUCUUGAA